CUCAAAGGAUACCCCACGCUGAACACCCCACCAACGUGUACCUCAAACGCCAAGGCUGACCCACCCCACAGACUACAGUUCAGUAGAUGAAAGCCUAACUAUUUACACACAAACCCUCUUCUUCCUUCCCACCUGUAGAUGAAACCCAGCCAAGAAUUUCAGUCACUUCCAACCUCUGUCUGUUUCUCUAUACAAAAACUCUUCCAACUUCUAAGAAAACAACGGUUUCCAUUCCAACCCAGUGAUUAUCUGUACAAACACUCUUCCAACUUCUAAAAAAACAACGGUUUUCACUCCGACUCGGUGAUUAUUUGAAGACAUAAAUGCAGGAGCUUAAAAGGUUUCAACGUUUAGUAUUUUGGGCUUCAAUGCAGCCACUUCCAACCAAUUAUACAAUGCAGUUAACACCAGGAAAAUUUACAUAGCUGUGGAACUUUGGCCCACCAAGCUGUGUGUGUAAAUAUUGUAUUUUCUAUGUUUCAAGUACUCCUACAGCAUUCAAAACAUUGCAAGGCUAAUAUAAGGAGGUUCAACCCCAUGUUUGCAAUGACCUCUAUGGGAAGAAAUGUUGAUGUCCAUGCUAAUGAAGGACGAGGCCCUUACAUCUUUCGAUUGAAUGGGCAAAACCACCAUUGGAUCGUUACUUCUACUUGUUGGAAAAGACCCAUCUUUUGCACAGCUGUAUAUACACGACACAAAAAAAGAGAUUCAUUACAGACUAAGUGCUUUGCCUGGACAGGAAUCACAAUAUGACCUUGACAUUGCUAUAGUUCAAAUAUUAUUGAAGACGCUUGAUGAGAACAACAUCUUGGUUAAGACAUUCCGUAUGGCAAGGGAUAGGUUCAAGGACUCUGAUAUGCACAAUGUACGCUUGCUAUUAAUUGGAUCGCAAUCAAGUGAUGGUAGGGAACAAAACAUUCCUACUUGCUCUGAAGUUGCUGCUAUAAUUGAAGCUUGGCGAGCAGCAGACAAAGCCUAUGAUGUAGCCAAGGUGGAUGAAAGGGUCAACAGGGCAGUUGCAGCAGCCAACAGGGCAGCUAAUGCAUCUAGAGUAGCGGCAGUUAAGGCUGUCCAAAAACAAAUGCACCAUAAUAGUAACAACAAUGUUCCAAUUCCAAUUGUGUGACACUCCCAACUGCCGCUCUGGCUCUUUUAAUGUGCAAGACGGCAGCAUCAGGACUGUGGCUUGUGUUUGUUUUCUUCGACAAGUAGCUUUGUGUUUUUAUGCAGUCUCCUUGGCCCCUUGCCUUGAGGAGGCGAUUUGAUUUGUAGAGCCUCUUGAAAGCUGUGAGUAGUAGGGAAGAUUACUGAAGAGUGUGCAACGGUCAUCUAUACAGCUUGAAGAUUGU